AUGCUGACACCUACUAUUCUCAAAGACCUGGGAUGGACCGCCACGAAGGCGCAACUCUACUCGGUACCUCCCUACGCUUGCGCCUGUCUCAUCGCCAUCGCCGUCGCGACCGUCUCCGAUAAGACGAAGCGGCGGGGGAUCUACCUUGCCAUCUUCACUCUUCCCGCCAUCGCUGGCUUUUGUAUCAUGCUAUGGUCAACCGAGUCCAACGCACGUUAUGGGGGUAUCUUCUUGAUCACAGUCGGAUCCUUCCCCGGAGGCCCCGGAUUCCUUGCAUGGGCAGCAAACAACGCCGGCGGACCGGCAUUCCGCGCUGUAUACAUGGCAUGGGUAGUGACGCUGGGCACGGCUGGUGGUAUUGUUGCAACCUGGAUAUACACCGUCCAUGACGCACCGAGGUACCCCAAGGGUCAUAAGGUUAACCUGUGCGGUCAAAUCGGCGUGUGCCUCUUGGCAUGCUUUGGCAUCGCCUACUGCAAGUGGGAGAACAAGCAGCGCGGCCUGGGCAAGCGCGAUCACCGUUUGAUCAACCCUACCCCAGCCAAGAUCAAGAAUCUCGGUAACAGACACCCUGAGUUCCGGUUCAUGUACUAG